AGCACACUAUAUGAUAUGAAGCAUAUAGUAAUCUCUGCUCCGAUCCAGCUAUUUAGGAUACUACCGAUUCAUUGGAGUCGUUGCAUCUACUCCGGUUUGCCCUUCAAUAUAGAGCUACCAGUCAAGAUGUCCUCAGAGAGCCUGUGCUACUGGCUGCUGCUUCUCGUCGCGCAUUUCUCGCUCUCACCCAGCAGGGCCACCGCCGGCAAGGUGUCAGCGAUCAUUGUGUUCGGGGAUUCGACGGUCGACGCAGGCAACAACAACUUCAUCCCCACCAUCGCCAAGGGAAACUUCCCACCGUAUGGGCGAGACUUCGACGGGGGCGUCGCCACCGGCAGGUUCUCCAAUGGGCGCCUCGCCACGGACUUCUUUUCGGAGGCGUUCGGGUUGCCGUCGUCUGUGCCGGCGUACCUGGACCCCAGCUACUCGAUCGACCAGCUCGCCAUGGGUGUGAGCUUUGCCUCCGCAGGCACCGGGCUGGAUGAUUUAACAGCAAAAAUCGCAUCAGUGAUACCUUUGAGGCAGCAGCUGGAGUACUUCAAGGAGUACAAGGAGAGACUGAAACUCGCAAAGGGGGAGUCCAUGGCCAAAGAGAUCGUCGCGGAGGCUCUCUAUGUCUUCAGCAUCGGCACCAACGACUUCAUCCUGAACUACUUCGUCCUUCCUCUCCGCCCGGCCCAGUACACCGCGCCGGAGUACGUUACCUACCUAAUUGGCCUAGCUGACGCGGCCGUUCGUGACGCCUACGACCUCGGCGCGCGCAAGAUCGAAUUCACCGGCCUUGCGCCGUUCGGCUGCGUACCUUCAGCCAGGACGCUGAACCACGACGAGCCCGGCGAGUGCAACGAGGAGCACAACCAGUUAGCGAUGAGAUUCAACGCCGAGCUGCAGGAGGCCGUGAGGAAGCUCAAUGGUGACCUCGCCGGCGCGCAGGUGGUGUACGCAGAGACGUACAGCGUGGUGUCUACCAUCAUUGCCAACCCGUCGUUCUACGGAUUCGAGAACGUGGCGCAAGGUUGCUGUGGCACAGGACUCAUCGAGACAUCUGUCCUAUGCGGCUUGGAUCGACCGUUGACGUGUCAAGACGCGGAUAAGGUGCAAGAUAUCCCGGUCAGUUUGGGUAACCAGAGUCAACAAGAGCUAACCCUCGCCGACGGCAGCUACGAGCUUCACCCGGCGCCAGAAGAUGAAGCUGUAGCAGAGCCGCCGCUUGCAAGAGUCGAGCUGGUGCACGGCGAAGACCAGUUUGCUUCCAUCCUGCUUGAAGAUGGCUCACCCCGUGUACAUUGCGGUUGGUGUAGAUGGAACCACCCACUCGAGGUGCCUCCAUUACGAGGGUUUUCCGGCCAUACUGUGGGACACCCUGCAUUCCUUUGGGUACCCAUCACCGCCUGUUUACGUGGGACGCGCGUACCAGGACCAUGGGAUUCCUCGGAGCUACGUGCAGGUGAAGGUGCCCCCACCCCCGGACUAGCCAUAGUGGCCACUUUUGGAGGUUGUGGCCAAGGGACACACGUUGCAAGACACGUGGGAGUUUGCAGCUUUGCAAGCACUGACACAAUUUUGCAGGGCACACCCCAUGGAGAUUAUGUUAGACCCGAUUGGGUUGUUUCCCGCCAGAGAUAGGAGAGACCCAAAUUGGUUGGAUCGCAUGGAGCACAUGGACUUGCUAGGUGAUUUGGACCCACAGUGCACGAUCUUCAUUUCAGCUCGCUGCCUGAAUGCGUUCCACCGGAUGGUUGAGAUGCAGAGCAGGGCGAUGACCACGGUGAUUGGGAUGGCCGGGGCCAACCAGGUUGCCCUCACCACUGUGCAGAAUGGCAUGGUGGACUUGUCUCUUGAGUUAGUACAAAAGGAUGUGCAGAUAGCAAAUAUGCAGAACAGGAUUACUAGCUUAGAGGAGGAGGUAGUAGAGAUGGAGCAUGAUAUGGAGAUGCUGGCCAACUAGUUCUAUGAUGUGAAUAUGGAGCUGGCGAACGCCAAUGAGCAACUACAGGAGCACCAUGCUGAGCUCGAGGCUAUCCACGCCUUAGAGAUGCAGCUGGAUGAGGCUAUGGCCUAGGAGGAGGAGCCCGAGGAGAUCGAGGGAUUUUCGAGUAUGGAUUUUAAGGAGCCCGCUCCACAGCCUCGAGUUGGCGACGCUCACUCUCCUGCACUCAGCUUUGCCUCCGUAGGCAACCUGGACGACUUUUAGAUGAAUCGACUUGUUGAAGAGCAGUUUCUUUUGUUGUACUCCUCGGCAACCUAUAUUUUUUAAUAGUGAUGUAAUAGGUUAGCUUGAGUUGAGUAUUCAGGUGUUGAAGAACUGAUUCCAUGUAUGGAAUUGCCAUUGCUACUGACCAGUUGCAGGGUCU